UCAUUCAUUAGCAAAAGUGGAAAAUGAAUCUGUGGAAAAGAGAGGAUAAGUGUCGGAAUCGAGCUAUUUUAAAGCUUGGGAACACAGACCUUAACGAUCAGUUUUGUCAAACAUUUUGAAGAGAACAUUAAAUCGAGGACCUCAGCCAUGGAACGUUGGUUAAAUAAAAUCGCUGUUGUAACAGGUGCUGGCCAGACGUGUUGAAAAAAUGGAAAAACAAACAAGGCCUAAGAUUGAUGAAAAAUUCCAAAAGAACUUCCACACCCAUACCUGUGACGUCAGUGACGAGCAGAGUGUUAAGGAUGCCUUUGCUUGGAUUGAAGAAAAAUUCGGUGGAGUCGAUGUCCUGAUCAAUAAUGCUGGCAUGAUGCAAAUGUCUGAUUUAACAGCAGCUGAUAAUUCAACAAUUGUCAAAAAUACUGUGAGUACCAAUAUUUUGGGUGUUGUCUGGUGUACUCGGGAAACUGUUCGCAGCAUGGAACAACGUAAAUUUAAUGGUCAUAUCGUUAACGUUAGCAGCAUUGUAGGACAUUUUAUACCACGUAUGACCGGCUACAAUUUGAAUAUUUAUCCACCCACAAAACAUGCCAUCAAGGCAAUGACCGAAGUGUUGCGUCAGGAACUUCUUGCCAAGGAGACGAAGAUUAAAAUUUCGAGCGUCAGUCCCGGUGCUGUGAGAACUGAAUUUUUGGGUGAAGGCGUGGAACUUCCAGAGAAUACACCAGCUUUGAAACCCGAAGAAGUUGCAGAUGCCAUAGUUUAUUGCAUACAGACACCGCCGACGGUUCAAAUUCACGAUAUGAUUAUUAAUCCAGUUGGAGCAACUUAUUGAAAAUAAACCAACAUACAUACAUCUAUAUAAUUUAUUGGAUUGUAUUUAACAUUAUUUAGUUUCUUAAUAAAAAUGUCAUUAUAUUAAAA